GUACCGCAAAAGAUAAUGAAACGGUGAAAGUUGUCCUCCAUUUCCUAUUUAGUUUAUUUUUUACAUAAGAACAAGCUGGAAAUUUCGUAAUGUUGCUCGCCAUAGUCAGCUCCAUAGAGGAGCUCAUCGAUCAGUACAAGAUAAACCUCACACAACUGGCAUUUUGCAUCUUCAUCACGACCAUAGUGUUCUUUGGCAGUUUGAUGACCCUUGUGGAGUCGCAUCUGCCGAACAGCAUACGGCAAUCGUUUCGCUACGGCAAGCACAGCCACAAGGGUGAGGCUGAUGUGCUGAUUAGCUACUUGGAGGUGCCCAAAGCGUGGUUCAAGCAUUUCUACAUAUUUGCUCUUGGCUGGUCUCUGCUAGCGCUGUAUUUGCUGGCCAGCACCAUUGCAAACCAAACGACGGCGCCGGAAUAUGCGCUGCGCUUUCUGGAUCUCGUGUGCGGCGGUCCGAGCAACCGCAAGGUGGAGAUAGACUCUACGACGGCGCUGCUGGGUGCAGUACUGCUCACAUUGCAGUGCAUUCGCCGCUUCUACGAGACGAACUUUGUGCAAAUCUUCUCGAAAAAGAGCAAAAUGAAUCUGUCGCACUAUGCCGUUGGCUUUGUGCACUACUUUGGAUCCAUUGUCUCGCUGCUGUCCAACACGUCGGGCUUUGUGCGCGGCACCCAGCCCAACGAGUUUUCGUUCAAGAACUUGACCCAAUUGCAAGUCGUCUACCUGCUGGUCUUUCUCUUCGCCUGGCAGCAGCAAUACUCCAGCAACAUGAUAUUGGUGAACCUGCGCAAGGAUGCCAAAACGGGUGCCGUGAAGACGGAGCAACAUUUGCUGCCCCAAGGCGGUUGGUUUACGCUGCUUUCCUCGCCGCACAUGUUCUUUGAGGUUGUCAUGUACUUCUGCCUGGCGGAUCUAUUCACGCCCGUGCGCACCUGGAAGCUGGUGUUCCUGUGGGUGGCCAGCAAUCAGACGAUUAAUGCUUUGCUCACCCAUCAGUGGUACAAGGAGACCUUUAAGGAUUAUCCCAAGCGUCGGCGUGCCAUAUUACCAUAUCUGCUGUGAGAGAGAUGUAGAGCGAGCGAGAGGGAGACUUUUGUACAAAUAAUUUAGUAGUGGAAUUUUUAUUAAAGUCGUUUUUUUACACACACGCAAA